GAAGCGCGGCAAAUCCAGCUGCACGAACUUGGGAGAAAGAGGCUUGUUGAAGGUACAGAAAUGGAUCCAAAAUGGACUUUGUCUCUCCUUGCUGCCAUCCUUCACACAGUGGCCAGUGCCCCAGAGUCUGUGUUUGCUCUAGAGGGAAACUCUGUCACCCUGAUCAUGCAGAGGCAUAACAACAUGGAUACAGAUGAUGCAAGCUGGGUUUUUAAUCAAUCCUGUGAUGUUGUUAGAUAUUAUCCACAUCAUAAUAAACGCCGCCAGGUAAGAAUUACAGACUGUUAUAAGGGCAGAGUAGAGUUCCAUCGCACCACCUUCUCUCUGGAGCUGACAAACCCACAGAAGAAUGACAGCGGACUCUACAAAGGAGAGAUAAAUGGUGAUGGGAUGAAGGCUGUUUCUGAAUACAGGCUCAGUGUUCUAGGUGAGUCACCAUGCAAGCAUCCCACUUAUUAGAGUCGAUGUUACAUGCACUUCAGAGAUUAUUAGGGUGAAUAAAAUAAUGAGAUUGGGACAGCAUGUACAACUAAUACUGUUGUUAUGGGGUUGAGCCAACUACUUUUAUGCAAACAAAUAAAUAUUUGUCUGAUAGUGAUAUAGGCUUCAUGCUUCUGACUGAAGGACUUAUACAGGACGUUAGGAGUCCUUCACCCCAGAAGUGGCACAGCAGCUAAAGAUUCAGAGCUGGUGUGAACUUAUCAACCUUCUAUGAGUGAAAAAGAAAAUGCUUUGAGAAUGUUUUGUUGUAUGUACUGUGAACGCCCAACAUUCCUAGAGACACAACAAGGGUGUUUUCAUCAAGGCAGGUCCUUUAUUAACUCUUCAUCUUACAAACUGAGGUAGUCAAAAAUAACUGAACAGAUAAACCACCGGCUUGCACACAG